CAUCACUCGAAUCAAGUUAGCCUGAGCGUGCCGAGGGGUGGCCGGGCGCGGUCUUUCAGUGGUAUUAUUUAGCCAUUUCGUGUUCGAGGAAGUUGUGGUAGUUACUUAUUAUUAAAACCAAGUCCCAAGGGAACGUAUUUGCUGCCCGUUGAGUCAACCUAUUUAUUGUCUGGCGGUGGAAGGACGUUGACCUGAGGCAAACGCUCUUUGGACUGAGGACUAUCGUGUGAGCAACCAAACCAACCAGCUCUGCUCAGGCCUUGUUGCUGAGCAUUGUGCUUGAAUUGUUCAUUCAGCCCUGUUAUAAAUAUUCACGCGCUAUCAGUCACCCUGGUGCUGAUAAGCAUCCAUGCAAUUUAGUUGAAGAUUGGAAAACAAGAACAAAGUGGGGAUGUGUGAUACCAGUGACCUGGAUAGACAGAUAGAACAGCUAAGAAGAUGCGAGAUCAUUAAGGAGUCAGAAGUUAAAGCUCUCUGUGCGAAAGCAAGAGAGAUCUUGGUUGAGGAAAGCAAUGUACAAAGGGUGGAUUCACCUGUCACAGUGUGUGGAGAUAUCCAUGGCCAGUUCUAUGAUUUGAAGGAGCUCUUUAAAGUUGGUGGUGAUGUUCCUGAUACAAAUUACCUGUUCAUGGGUGACUUCGUCGAUCGAGGAUUCUACAGUGUUGAGACAUUCCUGCUCUUGCUGGCCCUCAAGGUGCGGUACCCGGACCGGAUAACGCUAAUCCGCGGCAACCAUGAGUCGCGCCAGAUUACCCAGGUGUACGGCUUCUACGAGGAGUGCCUGCGCAAGUACGGCAGCGUCACCGUCUGGCGCUACUGCACCGAGAUCUUCGACUUCCUCAGCCUGUCAGCCAUCAUCGACGGCAAGAUAUUCUGCGUACAUGGCGGCCUGUCGCCGACCAUCAACACGCUGGACCAGAUCCGAACCAUCGACCGGAAACAGGAGGUUCCGCACGACGGCCCCAUGUGCGACCUGCUCUGGUCUGACCCGGAUGACAUGCAGGGCUGGGGCGUGAGCCCGCGCGGUGCCGGCUACCUGUUCGGCUCGGACGUGGUGCAGCAGUUCAACCGCAACAACAACGUGGACAUGAUCUGCCGCGCCCACCAGCUCGUCAUGGAGGGAUACAAGUGGCACUUUGACGACACCGUGCUCACCGUCUGGUCCGCGCCAAACUACUGCUACCGGUGCGGUAACGUGGCCGCCAUCCUGGAGCUGGACGAACACCUGCGGCGCAACUUCACGAUUUUCGAGGCGGCACCCAAAGAGAGCCGCGGCGUGCCGUCCAAAACGCCGCAGCCGGACUACUUCCUCUAGCCGCGCCCCGCGUCAUUCUCAUUAGCGCCGCCCGGUGGAGCCGGGCGGAGCCGAGCCGGCCGGCCGGCCGCAUGUUUUAGAUGAGUAGACCAGGCCGGGGCGGCGCCGCAUCCAGAGGCCGCCGCUGGUGGGCCUGCCGCGUGCCGUCGCCGCCUACCGACCACACCGCACACAUACACAAGUGUACGUCUGUCCCGUGCUCUACAGAGUAGUUUUUACAUCGUACAAUAAAGCCAUCACCGUC